CCUGACCCCCUACACAUUGGUCCAUGUAGUCUCUGCACAUAAGAGAAUACUGAAGGGUGGCUGAAUUGACAAGUGUUGGGGCGGUUUUCUUGCUGUGUUGAAUCACAGUUGGAGAAAUCCUACCUGCAUAUCCUCAUGCAGCAUAAAUAUAGUAUCUGCCUUUAGUGGCAGGGCCAAUGGGCGUGGGCACAUUUGCAUGCAGGGAGCCUUCUUCCUUUCUGUCCAAUUUAAGUACAGAGGCAGAAGGUUCCAGGCAGACUUUUCUGUUUCCAUCUGAAAACUAAACUGCUUUGAAGUGCUCACCAUGGCCGGGGCUCUGAUAUCCCUGGCACUCCUCAGUUAUUGUGCAGGUCUCAGUUCACAGGCGAGUGUGACUCAGCCUGCAUCAGCGUCUGUGUCCCAGGGUCUAACCAUUGCACUUUCCUGCACUAGAAGUGGAACUGGGGGUGGUCGGUGGGCAGAUGAGUAUGCCUGGUAUCAACAGAGACCCGGACAAGCUCCUCGCUUCGUGCUCUUCCGCACUACCCAAAGAGGAGAAGGGAUCCCGGAUCGGUUCACUGGUUCCUACUCUGGAAAUGCGGCUUCUUUAACUAUCACCAAUGUCCAGGCUGAAGAUGAGGCUUAUUACUACUGUGGGGACUGGUAUAACUCUGGAAGCUGGAUGUUCCACACUGGUGUCCGUUCUCAAGCAACCUUGACCCAGCCUGCUUCCAUGUCUGUGUCCCCGGGCCAAACCAUUAAACUCUCCUGCUCACAAAGCAGUGGAGGCAGCUGGAACAACUACUUCUUUUGGCAUCAGCAGAGACCUGGACAGGCUCCUCGCUAUGUACAUGGUGAAGGUUAUAGCAGAGGAGAAGGGAUCCCGAAUCGGUUCACCGCUUCGGAGUCUGGGAGCACUGGCUAUUUAACCAUCACCAAUGUCCAGGCUGAAGACGAGGCUGAUUAUUACUGUCAGGACUGGAAACCAGAUUCCUUUGAAGAGUUCACCAUGACCUGGACUCUGUUUUUCCUUGCACUUCUCUCUUUCUCUGCAGGUGUAAGUUCCCAGACAAGUUUGACUCAGCCUGCCUCCAUGUCGGUGUCCAGGGGCCAAACAGUGAAACUUGCCUGCACAAAAAGCAGUGGGACCAGCUGGGACAACGACAAUGCCUGGUAUCAACAAAGACCUGGACAGGCUCCUCGCUUUCUGCACUGUAGUGGCUGCAGCAGCAGAGGAGAAGGGAUCCCGGAUCGGUUCACUGCCUCCGCCUCUGGGAACACCAUGUAUUUAACCAUCGCAAAUGUCCAAGCUGAAGACGAGGCAGAUUAUUACUGUGAGGAUGAGUACAACACUGGUAGUGGUUGGGCGUUCCACGGUGGUACAGUCUAAUGGGGAAGCGAGACAAAAACCUCUUCAGGGCAAGGAACUGAGAAUUCUUAAAAAGCUUCAUUUGAUCGGUACUCAAGGCAAUGUAAAGUGAAGAGCUGGAAUGGAUAGAAAAUCCAUGCCCCCACCCUCCCUGUCACUGGGUAUGAACACAAACUUUCCUGUGUGAGUGAAGAAACAGAGAGUGGGAGGUUGGUGAUGCAUGCUUUACUUCAACUG